CCGCAAUUCAUUUGACCGACGAUGAUGGCCCGGCUCGACUUCAAAAGUUCGCAGGUCAGCAUCGAAGCUCGACUUCGCCAGCGAUAUUCACUCCGUAUGAAUUGAUGAGCUUGAUGCCGUGACACCAACUGGGCUGGUACUCUCGGAUAGUCCAUUCGUACGAACCUCCAACAAACGUGUGACUACGACACCACCACUUCUAACCCGUACCAAUUUCAAGCGAAAGCCACUCCCCUACCGGUCCUCCGCAUCCUCUUGCGCAAGCGGUUUUCACUUUAAGUCUGCCUUGCACCCAAAACGCUCUCGAGCGGUUGCACCAGUUGUCGUCGGUACAUACGAGUAACGACUACUAGUACCCAGUGGACCGCAACAUGACAUCCGUGCCUAAACGCCGCCUGGCCGCGCUCUCGCAGCAACUCGUCGAAGGCAUACCCUCCGAAGGCACGUUCGAAAACCUGCCGCGCAUCCGCCAUGUCGCAGGACCGUCGACGGGUCAGCGAGUGCAGGGCAAAGUAGCCAUCGUAACUGGCUGCAACUCGCCCAUCGGCAUUGGCCGCGCCUCGGCGCACCAGUACGCCGCUAACGGAGCCCGCGCAGUGUACAUCUGCGACUACGCGACCGAGCACCUCGAAACCCACAAGCGUGAGAUGGGGCAAUUAUACCCCGACUGCGAGGUGCAUUGCGUGAAAAUGGACGUUGGAAACGAAGAGCAGGUCAAGGGCGUGGUGGAUCAAUGUAUGGCAAAGUACGGACGGUUAGACAUCAUGUUCGCCAAUGCCGGCGUGACGGGCGUGCCAAACACGUUCGAGCACAUCACCUACGAUGCCUUCAUGAACACGCUCCGAGUCAACACGGUGGGCGUGUUUCUAUGUUUCAAGUACGCGGCCAUCGCGAUGCAGAAGAGCAAUACAGAAAAAAAGUAUUCUGGAGGCAGUAUCAUUGGCACGGCGAGCGUGGCGGGAUUGAGGUCCAACGCUGGUGGGACGGAUUACUCGGCGAGCAAGGCCGGCGUCGUCUCGCUGGCGCAGACCAUGUCGUAUCAACUGGCCGGUACGGGUGUGAGGGUCAACGCCUUAUGUCCGGGUGUCAUUGAGACGGGGAUGACAAAGGCCAUGUAUGACCAGGCACGCAGUCGAGGGACAGAGAGGAAGAUUGGGCAGUUGAACCCGUUGCAGCGAGGAGCCGUUGCGGACGAAGUAGCAAGAGUUGCCCUUUUCUUGGGCAGUGAUGAGGCUAGUUACGUCAAUGGUCAGGCCUGGGCGGUAUGUGGUGGUCUGAGUGCCGGUCAUCCUUUUGUGCCUGGGAAGCUGGCAUGAGGUGCAAUGAAAAAGAUAUCAGCAGGUCACUAGCCUGUAAGAUCUUUCUGCAGCACUUCCAGAACCUUUUGCUCGUCGAUUUGGGCUAGAGACUUUAGCUCUUGUUCAUCCUGCUUGGUGUCUGCGGGGAACGUAGGUAGGUUGAUGGAUAUUUCUGAUCCGUACA